GAGUUCUGUUAUUGACCGAAAACAGCUGUUCUGCUGUUAGAAUCGGAAGAGUUCGUUUAUUUAUUUACUCCACAUAAAUGUCGCACAUUUCACCAGUCGCACCGCCUCCACCGCCACCGAUUCCCUCGGUUCCAAUACCACAGACGUCCCCAGGAUUGAAGGAACGUCCUAUUAAUAUAAAUAUUUACACGGACGAAUGCAGCUGGGCCAAGGAAUAUCCGGAGCUGCAAAAAGGGUGCUAUCUCAGUCGUGUAUGUCAAUAUGAAGCUCCAAAAAGCUGCCAGUAUUACUCGGUGCCUAGUACACUCCAGGUGGGACCUACUUGUGGGUUGACGGCCCUCAGCAUGUUGCUCGGUGGGCAGCCCACGGCUGCGGAACUUCUCAAAGAAACCAUUGCGCAGGAGUAUACCCUUAACGGGGAGCUAUUCAGUGGCCAGUAUUUGUUCGAAAUAACUCGCAAGUAUUUGCAACAGCGCGGCGCCUGUCAAUUGCACGAAGGUGUCCUCAAUUGCAACAAGGUCAAGGAGUUGCUACAGGCAGGAGGUUGUCUUCUUGUACCUUAUGAUGCGGAUGUAAACCACGCACCUUGCCUGAAGUCUGGCCACAGAGCCCAUUGGGCGUUGAUCGUGGGCUUUCUGGUGGAUAUCCAGGAUAAGGUAAGAAGCUUGGACCCACUUGCAGACCUACCAUGUUACAUAUACCCCUUCCCGCAGUUCUAUGUCCUGGCCCGUCAUGGAAAGACUCGAAACUUGGCCGUUUGGUCCCUUGAAACCCUUAGCCAGAGCAAUGCCAAUCUUUUGGAGUUCGCCCAACCCAAGGGCUAUCCGGAUAGUGAAUUCCUGGUACCACCUGGUGGAAUCGCAGGACCAUUAGGUCUCAACGAGCGCUCAAUUCUAGUCAAUGGCCUGCCGCAGCAGGUUCUGCACGUAUGCUAAGCUUUUCACCAAUAAAGAAUCUUGACAAUUUCGUAUUUAACUUUUAAUAUAUAUUUAAUAGUACAAUUAUAAAUUACACGACUUACAA